GUGUCAGACCAUUUUAAAGAAGAUAUUCAUAGCCAACUGUUCGUAAGGGACCACCUUCUUACACGGGUUUAUCAUGUAUCAUAGGGUUGCCGGGGUUUUCCAACUUCACCCUCUGAGUUUCGUUUGGCCUAAAAAAGGGACACUGCCUUUGAAGGAGGAUUACCAGGAGAGGGAAAAUUUACAAAAAAAGAGUACAGGGCUCUUUGAUUUUUCAUUUCUCUUUCCCUCUACUCACUCUUUGUGCCUUCUUCAGUUAGUACCACACUAGAGAAGUGUUAGGUAGAGAAAGAGGAAGAAAGAAAAGGAGACAAUCUUAUCAGUUGAUUUUGCUAUGUGUUACCAGUCUGGUAAAAACAUUUGAAGUUAGAAAGUAUUCAAACAUGAAUAAAGUUUCAGAGUUACUUGUAUGGAUUUCAUUUCCUCAGAAUACCCUCAUUGUUCCUUCGCAGGAAAUAUUCAUGAGUCAACUAUCCAGAAUCAUAGUUAUUAUUCAAGCAAUGUGGGUUUAAAAGGAGAUCUGAUGCCAUGGCAAACCUCACUGACUUAGACUGUUCUUCAAGUUAAACAGCAGGAUGAUGUCUGAAGUGACUGAAACACAUAUGGCUUCAGUGUGUCGAGAAGACCUGAAAGAUCCCACAUGGAAGUGAAAUUCAUUAUUGGCAAGCACGGUGACAGGAGACCCCAGAGGGCUGAGCUGCAAAGAAUUUGCAGAGCCGUAUGGCUAACUCCAUGGCCUAGUUUGAUCUUGAAGUUAUUGUCUUGGAUAAUCCUCUCAAAUCUGUUCCUGCACUUAAGAGUCACUCAUCACAUGAGGGAGCUCCCUCUCAGGUUCCUUUACAUCGCCCUGUCAGAAAUGACUUUCAGGGAACAGACAUCACAUCAAAUCAUCCAACAGAUGUCCCUUUCAAAUAAGUUGGAGCAGAACCAACUAUAUGGAGAAGUCAUAAACAAGGAAACAGACAACCCAGUGAUUUUCAGCGGAUUGGCACUGCUCUUAUGACAGAAACCUCAAGUUUCUGGGUGGAAGAACAUGAGUUCAACAGAGGGCGUGUGCACUAUGCUGGCUGACUCUUGCCCUCCUGAGGCUCAUGCUGCUGACAGGGGAUAGAGGGGACACUUUGGAGUCCAAAUCCUGCAUCAUCUCAAUGAAGUGCUAUUCAACAUCAUGGCUCUAAGAAGUAACCCAUUUUAAUAACUGGCAUCAGAGGACUUAGGAGAGAGAAAGUCAGUAUCCAGACCCAUUUCUGUCAGUGACUCUCUCCUUGUAUUGGGAGGGUUGACCAGAAUCGUCUGAUUCCUGUUUCUGAUUUCCUUCCUCACUGGCAUCAGAGGAUUGCACUACAGGAAGACUAAUAUCUAACUGAGCUCCAA